AUGAAGGCAGAUGGUGUCCAAACAUCAGAGAAAACAAGCUGAUCUUACCUGAGAUUUUCUACCUACUGCUGCUCCCUCACACCAACAAACACACCCUUCAGGAUGGCUCGUCUUGCUCUGUCUGUGAUUGUUCUGAUGAUGGCGGUCAUCGCUCUCACUGAAGGUUUGCGUGGAGUUGGCCCAAAGAAGUGCUGCUUCAAAUUCAAUGACAAGCCUGUGUCAAAAGAAAAAGUUGUGGGCUACAUCAAAACCAGUCAGCGUUGCCCCAACCCUGCCAUCUUGCUGAAUACAGUGGCAGGCCGUCAGCUGUGUGUCAGAACUUCAGCCACCUGGGUGAAGGAGCUCAUCAACUACCUGGAGACCAAAAAUGUUCUGGGCACAAACUCCACAAUGUAAACGGGCCAAUAAUAUACCCAUAAACCAGCUUACAUGAAUAUGUAGGUUGGUUGUGAUGCUACAGAAAGCAGCUGCUCUCUUUCUAUAUUUACCAAAUGUUCUAAUAUUUCAUUAGUGACUACCAGGAUGAGAUGAAGGGGAAUUAAUUAUUCUUCAUGUAUAUGAAGUAUAUUUCUAUUAUGUUUGUUAUAUCAAACAACAAGUGUAUUUUUUUUAUAAAUACAACACUUAUAGUUACACUGUUAACAAUAUGAACUUUUCUUCUAUUAUGUUUGAAGUGACCUAAGAAAGUAUCUGUAUUGUAAAAGACAAAUGUCUUCCAAAUCCACAUGGUGUCAUCUUUAUUAUAUAAGCUACGACCUAUUGCACUUGCUGAUGUAUAAGGGACUUACUUUAAAUGCUGUUAACUAAUUUUAUUUAAAGUCUUUUUAUAUUCAAGAUUUUGACCUCUUUAAAGUACUGACUGAAGUAUUGUAAUCCAUUCUGAAGGAUGUAAUCCAUUUUUCUGUAAGCCUACACCAACGUGAUUCUUACAAAAUAAAGCUAAAUUGCUUUUAAAAUUCAA